AUGAAUAAAAUUCAAAAUGCAAAAUCAUUCGCAAGACAUAAAAAUUUUCGAUUUCGGAAUUCAAACGCAGAUCAUUCUACGACAUGCUUAAGAACUUUUGUCUUUAAGCCUAAUUUGAUCACAUAUUAUUACCAGGUCAACCGACCGGUAACAUCAAACCCGUUUAAGAGAUUAUUCUCGUCUUCGAUAACGUCGCUCGAUGGUAAUACACCCAGUUCGACAAAAUUCAAAGAGUUGAUCCCAAAAUUGGAUGAUUUGCGCAAAGAAGAGUUGGAGAGCUUAAGUAGAGGUUACAAUUUUCCGAAACGAACUCAUCACUGCGGGGAACUGACAAGUUCCAACGUCAACGAACGCGUGAUUCUAUGCGGAUGGGCUCAUAAAUUACGCAAAUUAUUUUCCGAUUUAUAUUUUUUACCAAUACAUGAUUCUUUUGGUACCACGCAACUUGUAUAUCGACCCGUGACUUCCAAAUCGACGAAUAAGAAUGACAUUGAACGGGUGCUUUCAAAAUUAUCAGCAGAGAGUGUGAUCUGUGCCGAAGGGAUUGUCCAAAUGAGACCAGAUGAAAUGAUCAACAAAAAAAUGUCAACAGGCGAGAUUGAAGUGGAGAUAGAUAAAUUAUAUUGCCUCAACCCUGCAAAAAAACUACCUUUCUUGAUCUCUGAUGAGAAAAUUUCAAAUGAAGAGAUCAGGUUGAAACAUAGAUACAUAGAUCUGAGACGGGAUUCACUCCAGAGUAAUAUUCGCAAACGUUCUCUCGCAUCAUGGGUCAUACGAGAUUUUCUCAUGAGCAAUGGAUUUAUAGAGGUGGAGACGCCCAUAUUGUUUAAAUCAACGCCAGAAGGAGCGAGAGAAUUCAUUGUGCCCACCAGAUCGGAGGGGUUAUUUUAUGCUCUCACACAGAGUCCACAGCAAUACAAACAACUAUUAAUGGCAGGAGGGAUCGAUAAGUACUUUCAAAUCGCGAAAUGUUUUAGGGAUGAAGAUUUGAGGACUGAUAGACAACCCGAAUUUACUCAGAUUGAUCUAGAGAUGUCAUUUACAUCAGUCUCAGAGAUAAUGUCGUUGAUUGAGAGGUUAAUGAUAGAAGUUUGGAAGAAAGUUGUUGGAAUUGAUAUUGAAGACAAGACACCAUUUCUCAGGUUGAGUUACCGGGAUGUCAUGAACAAAUUUGGGUCUGAUAAACCUGAUACAAGAUAUGACCUAAAGAUCGAGAACAUUUCUCUUCAUCUAAGACAUCACCUAGACUAUUCGGAUCACAUUAUUGAAUGUUUGGUUAUAAAGAACGGUGCUACUUCAUUAACAAGUAGUGAAAUAAAGUCGAUGAAAGAAUUGGCGAAUAUUCACAAUCACAACCCAAUGCUCAUGGUUGAGGCGAAUGAACCUACGGUGAAACCAAAUUUCAUAAGAAUCACACCAACCAAUUUUUCAUCGUGGUUAUCAGAAUCGACCAUAUUCCAACAAUUUGUAAACAGUUUUGGUGAUUAUUCAUCAGUGCAGACUAAUGUGUUUGCACAAGAAAAUGUGACCAAAGAGUUGAGAAUUGACGUCGGAGAUCUGGUAAUUCUCAAUAAACGGAAAGCGGAAGUUUCGGGAAGUUGGACGUUGUUAGGACGUAUUCGUGUGGCUUGUGCACAAAUCUUACAAUCAAAGGGAAUCCUUAACAUUCAACCCAACCAAUAUAAUUUUCUUUGGGUUGAAUCCUUUCCUUUGUUUACCUGUGAAAAGAAUAAUGAUAACAUUUCUGGCGAUGAUCAUGAAAAAUUGGUUUCAACCCAUCACCCAUUUACAUCACCCGUUGUAGAAGACUUGGAGUUGAUUUUGAAGGACCCCCAAAAGGUAAGAGGUCAACAUUACGAUCUGAUUUUGAACGGAGUGGAAAUUGGCGGAGGAUCGAUUAGGAUUCACUCAUCGGCCUUGCAAAACAUUAUCUUUAACGAUAUAUUAAAGAUGAGUGACCAACAAAAAAGAAAAUUCGAUCACUUAAUAAAUGCUCUCGAAUAUGGGUGUCCUCCUCAUGGAGGAAUUGCUCUAGGCUUUGACAGGUUGAUGGCGAUAAUAUGCAACACCACGUCGAUCAAAGAUGUGAUCGCGUUCCCCAAAACCUCGUCUGGUAAUGACUUGUUGGUUGCGAGUCCAAGUGAGAUUACAGAAGAACAAUUGUUGGAAUAUAAAAUUAAAAGGGCAUAG